UCCGAGUCAACGGAUUUGAACCCAAGCUCGGAUUUAAAAUGAGCAGCCUUUCCUGGAGACGUGUUUUCUGCUGUGCUGUCUUUAGUCUGGUCAUAAUUUUGGGCAGACUCACAGAUGCCAUGCUGGAAGGCUCCUCUAUGGGAUACCUGAGUCAGCCUCAUUUUCAGGAGCCCACAGCAUUCCCACAAAUCAUCCGGGUGUCUGAUGUGAAGGCGUCUCACGAUGGUCAAAAAGUCACCUUUAGAAAGAAAAGGAAUAUUUUUUAUCAGGGUGGACUUCGACUGUGUGGACAAGAUACUGCAGAGGAUAUUGUUGCAAACCAUCUGGGCUACUUCCACCUCAGAGUGUGCCAGGAGACUGUGUGGGAGGCUUUUAAGAUCUUCUGGGACCGACUGCCUGAACAAGGCGAGUACCAAAGCUGGAUGAACAAGUGCCAGGAAGGGUUGGUCACUGCCCAGGAUAUUGGCAGCUACUUUAGCCAGUCAGAGGAGCAUCAAGCUCUGGUUAAACAGAGAAUGUCGCAUGUAGCUUUGAAAAGCGAGCCCACCAGAUCCUGGAAGCAUAUGUGCAGCACACCAUCACCAGCGAGUUCAGAAAAAGUUGAAGCCGCUGAGUUUGAAGAUUUAGAUCAAGGAGAGCAUAAUCCAGCCACUGUUUCACCAGAAGUGGUCGACACUCCACUGUUCAAUGAAAUCCCAGUUAAGGCCACAUCUGCCACUGUGCUGGAGCAGGUGGUGGAGCUAAGCAUCCUCCUAACAGGAGAGGCCUUCUGUGAAGACCUCAAAAAUCCUGCCAGCCUCAAGUUCCAGAUGCUCAGCAGAGACCUUGCAGAAAAGAUAGAAGAUGCUCUAGAGGGGCUUCCUGGAUUUAAGGGUGUGUCUGUAAUUGAUUUCAGACCACAGAAAGACACUCAGUGGGUGGAUGGCAUAGUGGUGGAUUAUGCAGUGACAGUAGAGGUGGAUGGAUCCGGAGUGAGCUCUGAACAACUGAACUACCUAACCCUGCAGUCCAACUUGGUGGAGAACUCCUAUCAUGAGAUCCAGGAGCCCUCCAUGGUUGUCUACACAAUCAGUGAAAUUAAAAACAUCUCUACCGAAGGCCAUCAACUCAACGAGCUGGAGAGUGUGUCUGAGAUUGCUGAGGCUGUCAGCAUUGCAGACGGAGCGACGGAUAUUGGUGCUGUAGACCUAUCAGAUGUCUUGACACCGGAUGACCCGUCUGGAGAUCAAAACCUCCCGCCAGCUUCAGAAAACAACACUCUGGCAACAGGGGAUGGCAUUAUAAUUUUGGAGGAGAGUGGACUUGUGUCCCCAGAGGCGGUGCUCACUACCGAUCCACCUGAAGGUGGUAGCAUUGAAGAUGAGAAUUUGUUGCCAGAGGAUAUCGUGCUGCCUCCUUCUACAGUGGCCAUCCAACCAGAAGAGCUCCUACCUGAACCUCCCUCCUCUGAGCUACCAAAGAGCAUCACACUGCCUGAACCACCAGUGGAAACUGAGGCCUCUGGAUCAGGCAGAGAAAAUCUCUAUGAUCCAACCACUGAAGAGGACCAAAUUUCCCUUGUAGAGAACAAAGAUGCCAAAUCAGGAGAUGAAUCAGGGAGAGAUGAUCAAGCUUCAGCUGAAGAGGAAUCAGUUGCCACAAUGUUUGAAGAGGAGCCCCAGGUCAAGGUUGGGAUCUCGGAGGACCUUGAGAUCUCUACCGUUUUGACAACAACAGAUAUAGAAACAGGCCAGCCGGCUCUUCUACCACCUACAGAGACUCUGAUUAUACCAAGUGAGGUUUUAGAGCCUGAUGUUCCCACAACUAUUCUGAACUCUGAUGUUGAGGUACCAGUGGAUGGAGAACCACAGGACUCUAACCCCAGGGAUAAAGACCCUGGGGAAGUUUUCAGGGUCAAUGUGGUAUUAACCUCUUCUGAGGAACCUGCAUUUGACGAGAAAGGCUUUGACAGGACAAUAGAAAGUGAUGGAAGUGAAGUGAAAGAGGGAUCUUUGUCUGAAGCCAUGGGUAUAGACGAGGGGACACCUUUAAAGCCAGAGAUCUUAGCAGGAGAUCUUGUUGAAGAUGAGAUAUUACUGGUCAACAAAGAUGAUCCAAAGUUACCUGCAACAGACUUUCCACGUUACACCCUCCCAACUGCCCUGUCCCCAGAGAAGAACUCCCCUUUCACAAUAGUCUCUUCCAUUAUCCCGGAUACUGAUGGCCCAACUGACACAGUGAUUACUUCAUCAGUGAAGACCACUGAAGAGGACCUGGGGGAUGUCACUGUUGGAGAUCACAGAUAUGAAGUGAUUCCUUAUGAUUAUGGUUUGACAAAUCAGACAGAGGAGGGCAGCACCGGAUCCCCAUUCAGUGUGGCCCAUGGCACAGAGCAAGCCAGCAUUGCCAUGCCUACAAGCCCUAGAAGAGCUCUGAUAGUCUUCUUCAGCCUGAGGGUGACCAACAUGGUUUUCUCUGAAGAUCUUUUUAACAAGAGCUCUCCAGAGUACAAGGCUUUGGAGCAACGAUUCCUAGAACUGCUUGUGCCCUACCUUCAGUCCAACCUGAGUCACUUUGAGAACCUGGAGAUCCUAAACUUCAGAAACGGAAGUAUCGUUGUUAACAGCCGGAUGAAGUUUGUAAAGCCUGUGGCCCGUGGCGUCACCUCUACUGUGUAUCUCAUCCUUGAGGACUUCUGUAACACGGCUUAUCAGACCAUGAAUCUAGCAAUUGAUAAAUACUCUCUGGAUGUGGAGUCAGGGGACCAAGCAGACCCCUGCAAGUUUCAGGCGUGCAACGAGUAUGCAGAAUGUAAAGUGAACAGGUGGUCGGGUGAAGCGGAGUGUGUUUGUAAUGCAGGCUACUUUAGCGUUGACGGCCUGCCUUGUCAGAGCAUCUGUGAACUGCAGGGAGACUUUUGCCUCAAUGACGGCAAGUGUGACAUCAUCCCUGGCCAGGGAGCCAUCUGCAGAUGUCGUGUUGGAGAGAACUGGUGGUACAGAGGAGAACACUGCGAGGAAUACGUGUCUGAGCCACUGGUAGUUGGCAUAGCCAUUGCCUCUGUUGCUGGUUUUCUGUUUGUGGCAUCUGGGGUGCUGUUCUUCCUGGCCAGAACUCUACGGGAUCAGUAUGACAAGGAGGAGUCAGAGGAUCCCAUACGGCGUGUGGAAAGUCUUCCAUCCCUGGAGCGGGCGACCAAAUACAACCCCAUGUAUGAAAGUGAAGCCACAACAGGCUACAGCCACUACUACCGGCGUUAUCCUGAAGCCGCUAUGUACAGUAGUGCCAGCCCUGAAGCAUCAACUGACUUUAGCAGCGAGGAGAUUCGCCAUAUUUAUGAGAACAGUGAGCUGACCAGGGAGGAAAUCCAAGACAGGAUACGGAUCAUUGAACUCUACGCUAAGGACCGGCAGUUUGCAGACUUUGUGCGGCAGCAUCAAGCGGUCCUGGAUACUCGCAGAGAAAGCUCCUCCACCCACACAUGAAGCUGCACACAAGGAACCCACCCUCUGAUCAAAAAUGAAGCUCUCUAUCAGGAUGCUUCCUUCAUUGCCAUUUUCCUCGUACUCCGGAUUGUUUAGGUUAUUUUUAGCACUUUUUUAUUUGAGACAUUGCGUCUACUGUGCAUCUAUCCCUCUGAACAUGGACAUUAACCUUUCAUCCACGUACCUCUGUGCCUUCUUCUGACUGGGUGAGCGUCCUGUGAAGUUGCGGCCCGUUCCUGCUCAUGUUUUUGCUGCUUAUAGAUCAGACUGUUGGGAAAACUUGGCCUCAUCCUGUAACUUGAACAGAAAUGUAACAAAAAUAAAACAACAAUUAACUAUUGUUUAAUGGGAUAGCUGUCUAAUUGUAUUGUCUUCUGUCUGCCUUCUCUUAAAGGGGAAGAAUAUGAGUUUCAACAUGUUUAUAUAGUUAAACUGAUAUUCGUCUAUCGGUGGUGUACUCUGUCUUUGAUAUUUGUAAUGAUCAGAUUAAGUUCUUAGCUCAAUCAGAGAGCAUUCGAAAAAAAGUGGUUCUUUUUUUUAGUUGUUGGUGCUAUUCUAACUUUAAAGAACCUCCUGUAUAUGUUAUAUUUUUGUUGAUUUAUUUUACAGUCUAA